CUCGAUGUCGCCAUAUUAUUCCAUACUAGUAUUGCUUUGCGGCCUCAAAUAAACGCUAGCGGUCAUGAAGGUGCUGCGUGGAUCUGUAGGCUUCCUUGGCAUGACGGCAGCAGCAGCAGCAGCAGCUGGAAGCGCUGCCACCUCCAUCCCGUUCAAUGGGUGGUACCAUUGUGAGAUGAACUCGAUCGACUACAACAUGUACGUCCACGCGACGGCGUCGUCGAAAGCGCUGCAUCGCCACGUGCCGUUCCUCAACGUGGCACCCUCCCUCACACACACAAGCCACGCCCACGGUCGCGCGUUGAAUUCGUACACCAACUACGAAUGCGGCGAGUUCCAAAUGCCCAUGUGCCACGAAGAAGUGUGCCACGACGUCCGCAACAAAACCAUCGACGUGUUCGUCAAGCGAAAGCUGGCCAACCCGGCCAAAGUCGCCGAGAUCGGCAAGGAAAAGGUGCUGUGGGUCAUGCAGGGCGGCCCGGGAGACUCGUCCACGGCCAUGGAGCAGCUCAUGUCGUCCUUGUACUGGGAAAUGAACGAGACUGUGUCCAUCUACACGAUGGACCACCGCGGCACGGGCCGAAGCAACCGCCUUGUUUGCAACGCCGCCGAAGCCAUGACGUCUGGCAGCGCCGGCGGCCUCGGCAUCACAGCCGACGAAUAUCCCGCUUGCAUUCAAGACCUGUUGUUUCAAAUGGACAACCACACGAACGCGUUUUCCGUGACGAGUGCCGCGUACGAUAUGAAAAAAGUGAUCGAAGCCACCCAAACGUCCAACGGAACCCAAGUGUUUGUGUACGCGCUCAGCUACGGCACGUUCCUCGUGGAGCGGCUCAUGCAGCUGGCGUCGCCGGCCGUCCGCGGGUACAUCGUCGACAGCGUCGUGAGUCAGAGCGCGGCGGACUUUGGGCACAUGGCGACGUUUUCCAACUGGGACAAGGACGUGGCGGUGGUCGGCGCCCGCUUCUUGGACGUGUGCUCGGCCGACGCGUUCUGCAGCAACAAGUUCAGCAACGCCAAUGUUUCCCAGGUCACAUGGGCCUUGUACGAGUCGUUGGACGAGGCGGCGAGAGGGAGUAACACGUGCGCCGACAUGAUCAACGACUUGGGCGUGGGCCCGCCGUCGGACUCGCUGCGGUCGCUCUUUGGCACCAUGUUGCAGAGCAUGGCAUUUCGAGAGUUCAUUCCGGCUUUGGUGUACCGCCUCGCGCGAUGUGCGCCGACGGACGUGGACGUGAUUCAAACGUUUGUGGAUAAAUAUGUGCGUGAAGCAGGCCGAUGGGGCGUGCGCAGCUCGAGCGAGGACAGUGUGCUCUACUAUUCCGAGCUCUUGUAUGGAUUGAUCGUGUACUCGGAGAUGUGGGAGCACCCCACGCCUUCCUAUGACGCCUUGUACCAGACGUUUCGACGAGGCAUCAUGGGCGGGGACACGUAUGCCCUCGUGCAAAGCUACUGCACAUUCACAGGCGCCACCGACCCAGCGUGUGCCGAGUUCAACCUACCACCAAGUGCUCCAUUUCGUUAUAGUCCCGAUGCGUAUUGGAAUGUCACGGCGGUGGUGCCUCUGCACUCGACGGCGCUGCUCAUGUCGGGCGGGUUGGAUCCGCAGACCGAGCGGCAGUACGCGCGCGCGCAAUACGCCGCCAUGUCUGGCCAGCGGCGGCUAAUUGAGUUUCCCCAAGCAGGCCAUUGCACUACUUUCACCACGCGUCGCACCACGGUAUGUUGGUUUCUACAUAUAUAAUAUAUAUAUACAGUAUAUCGGAAUUGCGUUGGGUUCUAGACGGGCGGCAACACCUGCGGCGUCAAAGUAUUGGCGUCGUAUGUCGUUCAAGAUGGGGUUCUGGACGCAGUGGACACAUCGUGCAUCGCCGACAUCGCGCCCGUGCGCUUUGACGGCGUCGGCAGCUCGUACCCGUUGGCGUACUUCGGCACGGCGGACGUGUUUGACGGACACACUGCGCAUUAUGCAUAUGUCCAGGAAGCGGCGCACAAGGUCGGGACGGCCGCGCACGAGGUUGCAUGGGCGGUGGCCGUCGGGGUGCUCGGUGCCGCGGUGGGAGUGGCCAUGGCGGUGGCCAUCCGGGCAUCGGUGCACGUCCGCCGGCUGCAACUCAAAUGCAAAAAUGACGUGAGAACCGAACCAAUGGGGUUCGUCGGAGAGGUGCCCCCGCCUCGCAUCGUGGUCGACAUGAACGACGACGACGAAGACCGCACCCCGGGCACUCCCCCCGACCCUGUGGUCGUGUGACCUAACACUGUCAGCAUAACUAUUUGGAACUUCAAAGGGGCUCUGUA